AUGAAUUUAGAAGGGUCAACAUUAUCGCCGAUGCAAACACAUAUAUCACAACAAAAAUCAGUAAUACAGCCAAAGCAGAGAUCGAAAACCAUUGAUUUAACAUUAAAAGACUGCGGAAAAAUAGUAUCGUCUAUAUUAAUACCAAUUUUGAUUUGUAUUUUCACCGUUGUGACAACACUUCAACAACAUAAUUCCGCAGCACAACAACGUGAACAAGACAAUCAUUUAGCUCAAAAACAACGUGAACUAGAGAAUGAUAUAGCGGUACAAGAACGACUUCAAGAUAAACAACAACAAGACGAUUCUCUAAAAGAAAACCUGUUUAGUUCGUAUCUCAGAGAUAUUACCGAUUUGACAUUACAUAAUAAAAGUAUUAAUAUCAAUGAUAGGAUGCAGUAUAUUCGCUCAAAAAUAUUAACUACUCUACGUCGCUUGGAUUCAGAGCGUAAGCGAAAUUUAAUAUUAUUUCUCUAUGAAUCCAAUUUAAUAUCCUAUAACGAAAAGAAUCCACAAAAACAUGUUGUGGAUUUGUCGGGUGCCGAUUUGAAUAAUCUAAAUUUUACAUCCACAUCAAAACUGAAAUAUUGGCUAAAGAGUAUCAAUUUAACCAAUGUUUAUCUAAUCAAUGCUACAUUUAUCAAUGUUUAUUUGCAUCGUGCUGAUUUUACCAAUUCAAUUAUGACCGAUUCGAGUUUUUCAGAAUGUGUACUUUCUGACAGUUUCUUCAAAGAUGGGAUCUUGGAUCGAGCCGAUUUGACGAAUACUGUAAUGCAAAACACAAUAUUUUAUAGUUCAUCAUUAUUCCAAACAAAUUUUACCAAUGCUCACAUUGAUCACGUUGAUUUUCGAAACGUUAAUUUAAGUCGAUCUAUUAAACUGAUAAAAAUCGAAAACGUGACACUAGAUUUAACUUUCGAUCCUCUUUCCAACCAUAUGUAA